UUCAAAGUAGCAUCAGCUGCUAACGCGUUGCUCUCUCAGUGUAGGCGUUCGUUUCUCACUGUUUGAGUUCGUGACAUUAAAUUGUGUUUAUAGUAAGACUGUACCAUACUUUUGGCCGGUGGAGGUCAUGGCUACUCCUGAGAAUGUAUCCGGUGAGGCGCAGGACCGACCAGAGCCCUUAUUCCCCCGUGAUGCCAGCCCGAGCUCCGUGGACGCAGACACGGCUGUCAUCUUACUCGGAGCGGGUGUCACAGCCAUCACACACCCGCUGCUCUACGUCAAACUGCUCAUACAGGUGGGGCAUGAGCCCCUGCACCCCACUGUGGGCUCCACCAUGUUUGGAAGGAAGGUGAUGUACCUGCCCGGCUUCUUCUCUUAUGCACGGCACAUCGUGAGAGUAGAUGGCAAGAGUGGUCUGUUUAGGGGUCUGUCCCCCCGGAUUGUGUCCAGUGCCAUCUCCACUGUGGUGCGCAGCAGAGUCAAGCAGGCCAUCCCAGCCCAGGUGACAGAGCCCAUGUCCAACAGAGACGACCUGAAGACAUCACUAAGGAAAGUGAUGAGUGAGACGUCCCAUGAGAUGGUGGUGCAGUGCUUGUCCAGGAUAGUAACUCACCCCUUCCACGUUAUCUCUGUGCGCUGCAUGGCGCAGUUUGUGGGGAGGGAGGUCAAAUACAGGGGUCUGUUCAGCAGUAUUGUGAAGAUCUUCCAGGAGGAGGGCCUCGGCGGCUUCUUUGUGGGUCUGGUGCCUCAUGUUCUAGGGGAGGUCAUCUUCCUGUGGUGUUGUAACCUGCUGGCUCACUUCAUCAAUACCUAUGCAGUGGACGACAGCUUCAACCAAGCCCCAGCAGUGAGGAGCUACACCAAGUUUGUCAUGGGAAUCGCCGUGAGCGUGCUAACAUAUCCUUUCAUGCUGGUGGCUGACCUGAUGGCGGUCAACAACUGCGGCCUGGCCGCUGGUCUGCCCCCACACUCCCCUCUGUUCAAGUCCUGGAUUCACUGCUGGAGUCACCUUAGCAAACAGGGCCAGCUGUUUCGAGGCUCCAGCUUCUUCUUUCGCCGAGUGCCUGUGACCGCCCUGCCUGUUGAUUAACCACGCCCACGAACACAGACCCCGCCCAUUCAAAGUGGACCCUCCUCAUUGGAUGCCUGUAUCUGGAGUAGCCACACCCCUGGAGGAGCCACACCCUUAACGAGGAGGGCCCACCGUCUCCCUUUGAAGUUACCUGACCUGUGACCCUUAACCCUAGUGCUCGAAGCCUGACCCUAACCCUUUCCCCCGACCCUUGAUCUUUCCUUGACCCUUAAACCGAUCCUAGCACUUACCGUGACCCCUUCUCUCAGGAAUAGACUCCUCCCCUCUCUCUUUUCAUCUUCACUCCUUUUUUCUUCUCUCAUUCUCCGCCUCUUUCUCUCCUCUCUUCAUGCCCUCUCCUUUACUCCUUUACCUAUGAUGCCCUCUAUCCUGGCACUACCCAUCCACCCAUGGCUGUGAUGCCCACUGUCCUGGCAGUCUUACCUUUAGGGGUGUGGUCCUCUCUUAGGGCGGGGAUCAAUUCUGUUCCUGUGGUGUUUGAUCUGUAACAUGUAACAAUAUACAAAAAAUGACUUUUUAAUAAGAUAUUUUCCCGGGUCACUUGUGAGCUCGUAUAGAUUGAACACAGUCAUUCUAACUCGUGAUCGAUUUACCGGCCGUUGCACUAAUUUAUUGAAUCUUUUGUUAUUGAAUAUUAUUGUUUAUUUUUUUUCUUCCACAGCUUUAUUUUUAUAUGUAUAGUUUUUAUCUGACUUUAUUUAACUUCAUUACUUUCUUGUUUUUCUUGUUACACGUUCAUGCCAAAUAUGUUCUUCUGUUUUUGGUUCUCUUCUGUUUUUGGUUCUCUUCUGUUUUGUUUCCCCGUGUUUCGUUUCGCUUCGUUUGUUUUUCUGUCCUCCUGAGGGUCUUGCCAUGAAGCCCAGAGCGGAUCCCUGUGGCUUCAGCUCUCAUUCUACUCCUCAUUCUACUCAUCAUUCCCCAAAUGGCAGCUAACUCUGGCCCUGAUCUGGCCCUGGUCUGGCCUGACUCUGGCCCAAGUGUAUCACAGAGUUUGAUGCCAAAUGGGUAUCUGCUGCUGUUAAUGUAAAUGUAAAUACUCUGACCAGUGAUACAGAUGUUUGUAUGACUCCGAGAAGUAGGCAGUGGAGAUGUGUGUGUGUGUGUGUGUGUGUGUGUUUUACGCUUUAGUGUGGACAUAUCUAGCUAAUAUCACCAUAUGAUGGUAUGGUUACUGUGGUGAUGAAGUGGUGAGGUGUUUUCCUGUGAUGAAUUGCCUCCUCUGACCUCUAGCCACUAGCCACUACCCCAGCCACGGCCUCACCCUGGAACCGAUCUGGUGCCAGAUGAGGGCCAGAUGCAUGCCAGAUGAGGGCCAGAUUAGGGCUUGAUGAAGGCCAGAUUAGGGGUUGAUGAGGGUCAGAUUAGGGGCGGGUGAGGGUCAGAUUAUAGAUGGAUGAGGGUCAGUUGCUGUGUGACCCCUGUGUGACCCCUGUGCUAUCUGUGAUUCACACCUGACUCUUACUGAAGACCUGCUCUCCCACUAGUCACCAUUUACUUCCUUAGGGCAGCAGUGAAUAGAGCAGAACGGCGCCCCCCGCUGGAGCCUGUGAUGUAGGACAGCUAAUUAGUGCAAGAAUGUGCCAUUAAUCUCCAAACGACACCCCGCCUUCCGCCGUUACCCCUCGGCUAAGGAAGUGCUUAAACUCUGCUUCGUUAGCCCUUGGCUAAGGAAGUGCUUAAACUCUGCUUCGUUAGCCCUUGGCUAAGGAAGUGCUUAAACUCUGCUUCGUUAGCCCUCACAGCGUUAGCCGUUAUUUUCACCUCUCAUUUGUCAAGAGGCCGCGGCAUGUGUACUGAAUGCCUGUCUGUGUGCGUGUGUGUGUGUGUGUGUGUGUGUGUGCUGUUUAACUCGAGUCUGAGGUGAUGGGAAGGCCUUGGCUUUGGUUGCCAUCACAGGUCAGCAGAGUUAGUGAAGUGUACUGUACACAAUGUUUUUUUUCUGUUGUUUUUGUCCCCCUCUUUUAACAUAUCAAGUGUUGCAUAUGUGCGGCAUAGUCUAAGGUGAUUUCCCCUCGCAGAUAGGCCCUCAGCCCUGGUGACUUGUUCUGUCAUGUCAUGUCACACUUCAAGGUCAUAUAUGAGGUGGUCAUGCAGUUUGUUAUCUGGUCCAUUCUGUGGGUCCUCCUUGCCUUGUGUUCAGAUUUCAUAAAGACAAUAACAAUCUGAA